AUGUAUGCUAUGCAGAACACGAAACUCUCUUCUCGACUGGUUAAUAAGAUUGAUGGCUUGGUUAGAGACUUUUGGUGGAGGUUUGAGAAAGGGAAUCAUGGGAUCCAUCUCAAGGCUUGGGAUAAACUAUGUCUUCCCAAAUCUCUAGGUGGCCUUGGAUUCCGGAAAACUAAAGAGAUGAAUCAGGCCUUUCUGGCUAAAUGGGGAUGGAAUAUUCUCAAUGGAAGCCAAUCUCUAUGCUGUCGAGUUCUUACGGCCAAAUAUCUCAAAGGGAAAGACAUUCUUAGUUGCAGUAACGGGCAGUGGGAUCUUCAGAAACUUCGUGACACAUUUGACCGAGAAACGGUCUCGGGUAUUCUUAAAGGUGGCCAUCCUUCUGGGAUUGGCACUGAUAGAUGGAUUUGGACGCUAGAAAGCAAGGGUUGUUUCUCAUCUAAAUCGGCUUAUCUGGUUCAAGCAAUGGACAGAGCUCCUCACUGUGAGGUUGCUCCGAAACUUUGGAAUAAGCUAUGGAAUAGUAAAACUCUGGAGAGACAUAAGGUUCUGUGGUGGUGUAUCCUUUCUAGUGCACUCCCGGUUAGAGCGGAGAUAGGAAAGAGGUUUCAUAUAGUGGAUACCAGCUGCCCAUUGUGUGGGUUGGGGGAUGAAUCCAUUGAACAUCUGUUCUUGUCCUGCAAUGUGGCCUUUUAUUUAUGGCGCUCCUCUCCCUGGGGCAUUUGCCCUGUGUGUGACACUGGCAUUCGCGUGUGGGAUUGGGUCAAGUUCAUUUGGGAUCUUAACAACAGAGGGAUCCAAGCUGAUGAUGUUUUCCUUUAUGCUUCCAUUGUUGUGGAUACUAUCUGGAGGGUGCACAAUGAAAAGGUCCAUAAUAAUUGUUCUCCUGAUAUAAAAAAGUGUAUUGAUAACAUUUGUACUUCUUAUGCAGAUUGUCAUUCUUCUUUGCUUCCUAGUCCCACUCCAGAUCUAAAGGAAGCUUGGUCCCCUCCUCCUCUGGAUUGGAUUAAGCUGAAUUGUGAUGUCAAGGUGGGAUUCAAUAGCAUGUGUAUUGCUGUUGUUGCUAGGAAUCAUGUUGGCAGAGUUAUUAGAGUUCAGACAGCUCGGGAAGAUUUCUCGGAGGUUCUUUGCGGAGAAGCGGCUGCCUGCUGCUUAGCUGUUUCUGUAGCUUUAGAAUUAGGUUCCAAGUUUGUGAUUGUGGAGAAUGACUCGAGGGUGAUUAUCAAUGCUCUUAAUGGGAUGGAUUCUCAUUGGAGUCUUGAAAACUAUGUCUCAUUUUGUACUAAGUCUUCUCCUUCCUUUAUUAGUUGUAAUUUUUCUUAUGUUUCAAGAACUUGUAAUUUUGCCGCUCACAAUGUGGCUAGAUGGGCAUUUGCUCAUCAGGUGUUUGGGAAUAUCCCGGUAGCCUCUUUACCAGACAAUAUAUUCUGUAAUGACCAUGAGGUCUAA